UCAGGCUGACUAGGCUUGUUUCUGGAGUGUGAACAGCAAACACCCACCCUUCGCAGCUGCGGGAGCACCCAGUCCGGCCGCGCAAGGACACCCUACCUCCACCCAGCCUGUCCGUUCCAAGCCGCGGUGCAGACGCCUCCAGGCUCCCAGCCGCUGCAGCCAGGAUGGCCCAGGCCCCCGGGGACCCUGAUGAAAGAGGUACUCUCUUCCUUCCAAGCAAUAGUAGGUGCUCCCAAUGGGAUUUGCACCUUUCUUUCCAGCUCCUUUCCUUGGCUAGAUGACAGCAAUGAUAGCCGACAGUACCCCAAAGCCCUGUGGCCGCGGGAGUCGAGGGGACCCCAGGGUCUGCCCUGGGCACCUUGCAGCACCCUCUGCACACCUUUUAGGAGCCCCCGGGGGCAAGCGCAGAGCUGUUUCCGUUUUAUAGAUGAGGUCACUGAGGCCCCGCAAGGGGGACCCCGGGCCGCAUGGCUGACACUGGGGUCUGAACACCUGGCCUCACACUCAUUUUAAGAAACAACAGAAGUUGCUUUGAGAAGAGGCGGACGUGCAUGCCUGUGUCUCCUAGUACUGCAGAUAACACUUCACUCCUGGAAGAAAACCCAAGAAAAGCGAGCCGUGUAUUCUAGAGAGCUUGUGGGCUGUGGGCUGUGGGCUGAGGGUGGUUUUGCUUUUUGUUUUUUUUAAUUCUGUUAUCAUUUGCUGAUUUACUCCUCACUACAAUCUUCGAGGUAGGUGCUCUCAUCCCCAGUUCACAGAUGGAAAAAGUGAGGCACAGAGCGAUCACACGGAUGGCAGAGAGGGGGCUCAAACUGCGGAAACCAGCCGUCAGAGAACAGAAAAGAGGACGAAUGGGGGACUGGGGAGGAGGGCCAGCAGUGUGCGCCCAGGGCCCCAGGCUGGUUCCCCGGUUUUUGUGGUGCUUCCACAAGGGGGACACGCAGGUACUUGUCACUCAGUGGCUGAAUUUAACUUCUCCCUCCUGGUUGUUCCUUUCCAACCUGUCGCUUACACCUCAUCCAUUUUACAACCUUCCAUUUACGGACACACCAGCCUGAAGACUCAGUGCAGGAGGCCAGCCAGCUCUAUGGGCUCGGCCCUCACUCUGAUCUCCGACCCCACGACCCCCCUCGGCUCCUUUGAGGUUAGGGGGGUGGAGGAGGAGGGAGGGGAAGAGGCUCACCCAGGGGCAGGCUUUUCAAAAAUCAAAACUCUUUUCAAGACAAGGCAAAGCCAGGCUUGCUGUUGAUUGGAUGGGGAUCCCCGGCCGCCAGAGGUAGACGUUGACCUUGAGCAGAGGAUCCUGCAGGUGCUGAGGGGUGCUGGCUCCCCCAUGAAGUCUUUCCAGUUGGCAAAGGAAUGCCAAGUGCCCAAGAAGAAACUCAACCAAGUCCUCUACCGGAUGAAGGAGGAGUCCAAAGUCUCCCUGGAAGGCCAGGCGAUGUGGGGCCUGGGCAAGGGCAGGACUGAAGUGGAGCCCGCAGAGCUGGCCCAGCCCAGCCAGGAGAGGCCCCAGCAAGGCGCAGUUACAGUUCCACAGGAAGCUGGCUCUCGGCUCACUCAACAGCAGGAAGACAUCUACAGGAUUCUGGAAGCCCAUGGGCCCUGUAAGGCCCUGACCAUCUCCCAGAAGCUGGGAAGGAAGACAGCAAAAGAAGUCAACCCAGACUUGUACGCUAUGAGGAGGAAGCAUCUUCUGGACUUGGAUGAGAAGUCAAGUACAUGGGCAAUUUAUCAACCAGAUUCGGGAGGAAGAAAUCCGGCCACUGAGAUUAUUUACCAGAAAAAUUCAAUCAACAUAAUCUGUCAGAAUGGACCAAAUAACCACAUUUCCAUUGACAACUCUGAAGCCAUCCAGAUUGGACAUGGGAAUGUCAUCAUGAGACAGGCGGCCUCUGGAGAGAAUAGCUCCAUGGCUCCCCUCGAACUCCCCCCAGUGGCGCCAGCUGAUCCCUCAACUCAGAGUUCCCCGGCUGCAGCCUGGGGACCCCAGGACAUCCACUUGGAGAAGUCUGUGCUCAGACGGGUACAGAUAGGACAUGGCAACAAGAUGAACCUCAACGGUGCCCAGGCCAAAGGCCCUGCAGCCUGCAACCCCUUGGGCAGCCCCCCAGCCUCUGCCACCGCUGAAGGCCCAGGAGCUUCGUUCGAAAUUCGAAUGCCCCAACCAGGAUCUUCCUCCAAGGAGGAGAUGGCCCAGAGAGUCCAUAUCAGUUCAUGCUUCCUUGAGGACAUUGCCAUCGGCAACAGCAACAGAAUGACUAUCGGCUCGGAGAGAGCUGGUCCAGGAGGAGUUGCAAAGGAGGCAGGAGGGACCCUGGGGAGCCAAGCAAGGAUGGAGGAUCCUCCCUCUGAAGGUGCAGUGCCCGGAAGUCAGUCCCCUCACGACCGUGGCCAGGCCUCCCCCGGCAAUGACGGCAUCUUGACCUUCAUCUCCCACCUAGAAGCUCUGACUCUUGAAAGCAGGGAUCCCCGAGCUGCUGCGGAAGACAGUGGCCGGGUGGACGGAAGCCCAGACGUGGACUCCCAGCGGCAGGUGGAGUCCAGAACAAACAGCUAGGCUCUCUCAGGAAGAGCAACACCAGUGAGCCCUUGGUAUUGCGCUUUCUGUGUUUCAUAAAUGUUGUUUUCCACCUUGUUGCCUCCUGACACAUGGCCGGUGAGAGUCAGCGUUCGGGCCGGGCCUGGCCUGGGGCUUGGCGAAGGCAUGUCUGUCCCAACUGCCUCCUUGGCCCGCCUUCCAUCAUGGCUGCCCAUUCUUCUCUCACCCAAGACCUGACUUCCUCAAGGCCCAUUGUGGCUGCCUGACCUCUUUCCCACCUGACCUUUCUACAGCCGUCCUACCUCCACUUUGAUCUCUCAGGAUUUCUUAGCUGAACUUCCGGAGAACAAAUCCCUCCCCUCAAGGCCCCAGCAGAAGUCACUGGCCAGCCCACAGGUCAGGUGACCUCUGCUAGCCAACUGUCAGGGGAUGCUUGUCAUACACCAACAUGGUGCUUAUGGGCGGACUCAGUUCCCUCGGAAGGGUUGUGGGCACGGUGGCAUUUCCAGAACAAAGGAGUGGGGUGGGGUCUGGGGGACACUUGGGAAGGGACGAAGGGAGGAAGAUAGAGGAGGAUGGAGCGGUCAGCCAGGCAGGACCGUUGCGGAAGAGGACUCACAUCGUCCACUUGUUAUGUCCGUAACACACACACAGCUCUGUGCCCACUACCCUCCCAGUGCCACACCCGCACCUCACUCUCUUUUGUGUUUCCUCCUCUGGACCAUGGAUGUCCAAUGCCCAGGAGCCAUGUUUCCUGCAGCUAGCGUCUGCCUUCGUGGAGGAAAGGCUGGCUCAUCACGGAGCCUCAGUAAAGAAUGUCAUUGAACAACC